UCCAGUCCUUCCCCCUCCCUCAGUCGCUCAGUCCCUCUCUCUCUUGCUAGCUGGAAUACCGGUGAGAGUCCUGUUGCUGUCCUGUCCUUGCCUGCGCCUUCCUCCUGAUUUUUACUCCACUCAACUCUUCUUCUCUUUCUGGUACUACACCAAGUAUGGAGAAUAACCAGUCCACUGAUCUCAAACCUGAACACCAAGCACUCCCUCCUGCAAAUAGCACUUCAACAUCACCUAAUCAGAAUGGCCUUGAGAAACAAGACUGUGAGAAAUCCUCUCCCACACCCCAGCCCCCAGAGAAUGAAACAAGUGUUCAGCCUGAAACAACAGUUUGUGACAUAUCUGAAGAGCUGAGCCGACAGCUGGAGGACAUUAUUAAAACCUAUGGGUCUGCUGCUAGUCUAGUGGAGAAAGAGAGAGCUGCUAAAGGAACUGACAGGUCUGAGAAGGGAGAAUCAUUCAAUAACGAGGACGGAGACUAUGACGAUGCAAAUGACGAGAGCGAGAAAGAGCAGAUAGCUACCGGGGAUGCCUCGGGAGCAAAGGAAUCCAGCAUAAAUAAGGAGCAAAAACUGGAAAAGAAAAUCCUGAAAGGGCUAGGGAAGGAAGCCACGCUGCUGAUGCAAAGCUUGAGCAAGCUGAGUACGCCAGAAGAGAAGCUGGACAUGUUAUUUAGGAAGUAUGCUGAGAUGCUGGAAGAACAUCGUGCUGAGCAGAAAAAGCUGAAGUAUCUACAGAAGAGACAGGCGCAGAUCAUCAAAGAGAAGGACCAGCUGCAGAGUGAGCACAGCAGAGCCAUCCUUGCCCGAAGCAAACUUGAGAGUCUCUGCCGGGAGCUCCAGAGACACAACAAAACCCUCAAGGAGGAAACUCUUCAACGGGCCCGGGAGGAAGACGAGAAGAGAAAAGAGAUCACUAAUCAUUUCCAGGGCACACUGAGUGAUAUCCAGACUCAGAUUGAGCAGCAAAGUGAAAGGAACAUGAAACUAUGCCAGGAGAACACAGAGCUGGCCGAGAAACUGAAAAGCAUCAUUGAUCAGUAUGAACUCAGAGAGGAGCAACUUGAUAAAAUAUUUAAGCACAGAGAACUUCAACAGAAACUGGUGGAUGCCAAGUUGGAGCAAUCACAGGAAAUGAUGAAAGAAGCAGAGGAGCGACAUGAACGAGAAAAGGAAUACCUACUGACUCAAGCUGCAGAAUGGAAGCUCCAGGCAAAAAUGUUGAAGGAACAGGAGACUGUACUACAGGCCCAGCUCACCCUCUAUUCUGAAAGGUUUGAAGAAUUUCAGAAAACACUGACAAAAAGCAAUGAGGUGUUCGCCAGUUUCAAACAGGAGAUGGAAAAAAUGACAAAGAAGAUGAAGAAGCUGGAAAAGGAUACAGCUACAUGGAAAGCCAGGUUUGAGAACUGUAAUAAAGCUCUAUUGGACAUGAUUGAAGAGAAAGCAAUGAGGGCUAAGGAGUACGAGUGCUUCGUGCUGAAAAUCCAGAGGCUAGAGAACCUUUGCAGAGCGCUGCAGGAAGAGAGGAAUGAACUGUACAAAAAAAUAAAAGAAGCAAAAUUCACUAACGAGGAAGAGGAGGGUGAGGAGGAUAGAAAUGAUGACAUCUUGGGAAAAGAGGCUGAUGCAAGUCCUUCCGUUACUGAACAGGAUAGUGCAGAGCUGUCCAUGAUUGAUGAGAACAUCCUGAAGAAUCUAGCUGCAGCAUUCAUGGUGACCCAUCACGUGCAGGAUCCCCUCACAGUCUCCAGUGAGACCAGUAAUCCAGAGCCGGCUAACCCUCAAGCAUGCAGUCCUCUUUGUCUCACAGAGCCAGGGCCUCCUUCCCAUCCCACCCCUCAGCCAGAGGCAGGGAAUCCCUCUGGGCAGCUGAGUCUUGCUCUGAAGUCCACUGAAUGUGUGCCAAAGGCUGAAAAAUUUGAAGGCACGCCAGCAGAGCAGCCCACGCAGCAAACAGGAGAUGCUGACAUGGAAGGAGUAGAUUAAAAGUAAUGCUGUUUUCUGGCUUGUCUUUCUGUCAGUCACAGCUCCAUUUUCUCCCAAAACUGAUUUUCUGAAACAAAAAAAAAAAAAGGGGGGUUGAAAACAUGCUCAAAUGUGUUUUAUAAGGGUGUGUAAUGCAUCUUACCUCUUCGCCACCACCCCACACUAAUAAUGGGUUUGCUAUUUUGGCUGUCCCUGACAUACGCAAAGCAUAAUAUUUUCUUAAUGUCAGCAAAAUAUAACAAUUACAAGAUCUUCUUUCCAGGCAUAAUGAGUCAUCUCACUCGACAAAAUCCAGGCAAAGUGUUGAGGUUUCAUGUUUUAAGAAUUGCUGCAAUACGGAUACACAUUUUUUAAAGCUAUAUAAUUAAAUAUAUCAAUUUGGCUUGAUGGUGCACAAAACAUGCCCUGUUUAGAAGCCAGGUGAGCUUAAUAAAUGAGGUGAUGAGGAUUUGUGAUCACAGCAGAAGCACUGAUAGGGUAAACUGAAGCCAUUAAGAAAUACAAUAAUGGCACAUUUUUGCAAAAGUUACCUGCACAAAUCACUAACUUGUUAUUGGAAAUUUUGUAUCUAAACACCCACACACAACUCCAAACAUCUACCCCUAACUGCCAUCUCUGUUCAGUGCUGUGAUUGUGUCAUUACUUUCAACAGAACCAUCGUGAAAGGGGAAAUUUCUUCGCAAGAUGCCUCCUAAUAUUGCUGUUUUAAUCUUUAGGGGCAGAUCCUGGCUUUUAAGCAACAGCCCUGCCUCAGCAGGAGCACCAGAGAUUGUGUCUCAGGCAGGUAUACUCUCUCCCCAUAUUUCUCUUUGUGCACAGGUGGUGUACAGUCUGCUCUGUCCAGAGAUUGCUCCCAGAAGCAUAAACCCGGGUGUUUAAGCUCGUGCAGUCAGGAACGGGAGCUGAGCUAUGCUGCUUCCUCUUCACUCCCUUUUUGGUAUCCUGCUCCUCAGAGUGGAACAAAAGCAAACAAUCCCUGUGCUCCCCUGAGUGCCAGGAAUGUAGAACAUAGGAGAGGAAGGAUUGCUUGUGCUCCCCUACCCAUCUGCAAGCCCACUCAAGGGCCCCUCACACUCUGGUCCUCACUAUUUUAGCCAGCUUCUGUAUGUCAUCAACUUGUUUUUAGAGUCAUGAGCAAAAGGGGGAGCUUGUAGGGCAUUCAGCAGGGAAUGUCAGGAGUUUUGUUUGAUGGAGAGUCCUAAUCUGCCCUGCCUGCCCUUUGCUAGAAUCCCUCUCUCAUCCCCAGCAUGCAUCCUCUGCACUUAAUCCAGUGGGCAGGGAGCCGUAGUGGGCCAGUCUGUAUUCUGCUAUGGUUUCAUGACUCUCUGGGGAUAUUAGUUGGCAGUUCCUCCAUGGAGCAAUGAGCACAGGCAUGUAUUUGGCACAGUUCAUGGAAUCCCAUGACACCUGUCCUAUCUGUGGCAAGAAGGAGACCUUGCGUCACAUCUAUGUAGAGUAUGUCAGGCUGCAGCCAUUCUUCCGGCUCCUUCAGAAUCUUUUACUGAGGUUUUGGCUGCACUUUUCCCCUCACCUGUUUAUCUUUGCACACCUUAUCCAUGGUCCCAGGAUGUCGCGAGAUCUCCCCAUCAACCUGCUCCUGGCACUGGCCAAAAUGGCCACCAUCAAACCAGGAGGAGAAAGCUUGGUGGGGCAGGAGAAGCACUCGGCAACUUUGGGGCCUAUUUUUGGUCCCUUAUCAAAUCAUACCACUGGUAUGAUUCCUGUGGGUGGUAUCCACUGACUCCUUAGACAUCUUUAAGGAGUGGUGGACACUGUCAGGGUUCUCUGCUUUGUAUCCCCUUCUGAAUCCCUGAUUUUUAACCUUUGACCUUCACUCCCAUUGCUGUUUUCUAAUUCGUUCUCCCACGUAAUCAUUUGAGGCCUGGGCUUAGUGGUUCCUCCCCCACCAGGGGGCAGGCCUUUAACUAUGGUUGGGACUAGGCCUGCCAUUUUUAAGAACAUAAGAACGGCCAUACUGGGUCAGACCAAAGGUCCAUCUAGCCCGGUAUCCUGUCUUCAGACAGUGGCCUAUGCCAGGUGCCACACAGGGAAUGAACAGAACAGGUAAUCAUCAAGUGAUCUAUCCCCUGUCGCCCAUUCCCCGCUUCUGGCUACCACAAUAGGCACACUUAAUCCAGAGCCCACCAAUCCCAGUACCCACAAUAGGAAUACUUAGUCCAGGCCUUCAUGCUACCAGUUCCUGGUCUGACUAUCUCAACACUGUGAAAAAGCCACUAAUAUGAGAACAGAAGUCCAGAAGUUAGAAAGAGAAAUGUUACACACAAACAACCCAGCCAUACAUACGAACACUGAGAAACCCUCAAAUGCUCUAGAAAAUCAUACAUGCAGAUUUAAAUUGAAAUAUUGGUGACCUAGGCGGAAAGAUGUCAUUUGUCAGAUACUGUGAUCACAAAAUUCUUGUUCCAUUUCACCCAAAAAUGAGUCUCCAUUUUUAAUCCUCAUUCAUUCCCAAAGAGAUCAUUCAGCCCGGUUAAGACAAUAUAAUUUUUUUCAUUAUUUUCACUGUUUGGUACAAUCUUUUGGAAAGUUAUCUGUUGCAGUAUUCACAGUAUGAUUUGUGACAGUUGUUUGUUCUGGGGUUGGCCUUAUCCAUUAUGGCUAAAAUUUUUAAAAUUUAGAUGCCUCAAGUUAGGCACUUCCUUUUAUAUUUAAGCACCUAAAUUUUGGUAAUCUCCUCUGAAAAUCAGGCCGCUUAGGUGCCUAGCAUUGAAACUUUUAGCCUAUACAUUAAUUGUUUCAAUUGUUGAAAAUCUAUAAUCAUGUGGUUUACUUUCUUUAGGUUCCAGUGAUUUUGUGUCUAUAGAAGCUGAGUAUAAAUUUGAAGCAU